GUGUAACAGCCCUUUGAAGCUAAAUCAAGCUCUAAAGUUGACAGGAAAAAGUUUUGUAAAACUUAAAAUCAUUGCGAAAUGCGAAAUAAAAUGCCAUAACAUCAAAAUAAGCCAUCAGAUCACACAGUGCAACGCAAAUGCAACGUGACGUUACUUUGCUUGGUUUAAAUAAGUUUUAGAAAUUGUAUACCGUGAGUGUUACAUACAUAAUUACUCAAAGGUUACAUACAAGGAUAAUAUUAAAGUGGAUCAUAGCAACAUGCAAAAUUAUUCAAAUAAAGUUUACAAGGAAGAGCAGAAAUAUUUAGAUGAGUUUAAACCAGUUUCUGAUAACCAUUCUAAAAAAAAACAAGUCACUCAACGAAUGAAGGUAAAAGAGUAUGACAUUAUUGAGAAGGAAAAAGCUAUUGCUAGAGCACCUUCACAAUAUAAAUUUGAUAGCUCAACAACGCAAAUUUUAGAAACGCUUAUCACACUAAGACAUGCAGGGGAAUUCCAUAAUAUUGUAGGUAAAGGACUAAACUCUGUUGUGAUACAUGCACAUUGUCAUAGAAAUUAUCAUUUGUACUUCCCAGAAGGCAACGCUGUUAAAGUAUACAAAUUGACUAAUGGUGUAGAAAAAAACAAUGCUAUAUACAGGCGUGUGGAAAGGGAGUAUGAACAUUUGGAGAUUUUACAGACACAGUAUUUUUCUAACAAUACUCCGCAUCCAGUGUAUAGAAAUAAAAAUGUUAUUGUGAUGAGUUUCAUCGGAUACGAUCAGGAAACUGCACCGUCGAUAUCAACACUCCCACCUGAGAAGUUGAAUGAAGCUUAUGAAAAAAUUGUGAAAGAGAUAGACGCAUGGUACAACAAAUUGGGUUUAAUACAUGGGAGUCUUUCUGCUACUAAAAUUGUUGGUAAUAAGUAUUUUAUAGGCUGGUCACAUUCUGUGAGGAAGGAUCAUCCGAUGGCUUUCAGAAAGCUGAUGAAAGACUGCCAGUUUGUUUCAGAGUUCUUCAAAAGCAGAGGCGUCUUAGUGAAGAGUCCUGAAGAAUUGUUCAAAUUUAUCACAGGGCGUGAGAAGAUUAACAGCAAAGUUCUAGAAGUAGUACAGAAGGACUUAUGGAAAACCUCACAGACAUCUAACCAUUCUAACCCCAACAGAAAAAGUACUAGUCAUACUAAAACCACUCAAAAUCGUUUUAAACGUUAAUUAACAGAAUAAAACAAAAAGGGCAUUUGUAGCAUAACUAUGUUUUCAUAUAUUAAAUAAUUUUAUAUUUUUACAUUUGACUGUAUCUUAAACCGAAUCCCUCUACUACUCUUCUUAACUAGAAAAAUUAUAAUAUUUAUAAUGAAUACAGAUUUUUAUUAUAAUUUAAAGGGCCGCAAUUUCUGUCUCAUACUAUAAUAAAAGGCUACAGUAGUGCGAAACGAAUUGCCUUCAUAUUGUUACGGAACAUACAAGUUUCUAAUGGGGUGGCAAGUUGGCAACGCGCAUGUGACACUCUUCGAGUUGCAGGCGUCCAUAGGUUACGGUGACCGCUUUACAUCAGGCGGGCUGUAUGCUUGUUUGCCACCGACGU